AUGGCGGACGCGCAAGUUCACACUCCCCAGUGCGCCUGGGCGGAGACGAAGGAGUUCAUUUUUCUCACAGUUCAAGUGCAGUCCCCCGAGGACUUGCAGGUUAAUCUGCAGGAAUCGUCUCUCGACUUUAAGUGCACAAGUGACAAGAAAGCUUUUGCUUUCCACCUCGACUUUCCUCAUCCCAUCAUCGUCGAAGACUCCAAGUACAGCGUCCAGCGCAAUGUCCAGUUCAAGUUGGUGAAGAAGGAGAAGGAGCGUUGGAGGUCCUUGAGCAAGUCGAAGCUCCACUGGCUGAAGUGCGACUGGGACAAGUGGAUUGACUCCGACGACGAAGACGCGAAAGGCAUGGACAUGGGAGACUUCGACAUGAACUCGAUGGAUUUUGGAGGUAUGGGCGGUCUUGGAGGCAUGGGCGGUCUUGGUGGCAUGGGAGGUCUUGGUGGCAUGGGAGGUCUAGGCGGCAUGGGAGGUCUAGGCGGCAUGGGAGGCAUGGGAGACAUGGAUUUCGGCGACAUGGGAGACAUGGACUCUGACGACGAGGACGAUUUGCCGGACCUCGACGAUCCGAUGAACAAGGGCGCAGAGUGCGAACACGGCGAGGACUGCUGCGGCGGCCACGGAAAAGAGGGCGAAGGCGCCUCCCGCGAGAACGCGGAGGAGGCGAAGGUGAACGGUUUGGAGGGAGCAGCGCCCGCCGAAGCCGCGCAGGCUUAA